AACUAUCAGAGGGCGGCUGAAGACCUGAGGAACGUCCUGCAGACCGAACCACAGAACAUCACUGCUACUAAACUUCUGGUUGAGGUGGAUAAGAAACUAAUCCAGUGUCAACCGGAGACGGAACGUAAAAGCAAGAAGAUCCUGAUUCAGGAAGUGGAGGAGGAUGAGAUACGGGAAGAGCAGAGAGCUUGUCCGGUUGAGCCCAGCGAGGCAGUGGGAGGGGAGAGUGCCGCUGCUGCUCCUGCCGAGAGGGGAGACAUGGGAAAUGCUCAGAAGAAGCCCCACGGCAGAGGAGGGGAAGGGGGCCCCAGCCCGCACACAGACCACAAUUCACACGGAAGUCACUGGAAAAACCGGGGAGGAAUUGCAGAGAAGUACAAGGUGAACCAACAGGAUCCGACGUCGGACAAGGGUCUGGGGAACGGAGCUCAGGGCUCUGGCAGGAGGGACUCUGAGGGAGCCAGGCCGGUCGGGGGAGACGGAAGCAACCUCGACGCCCCUUGCGGGGCCCUCCCCCCGCCGUUGGCCCGGCUCAAGAACGAGGGAAACCUGUUCUUUAAGAACGGACAGUUUGCUGAUGCGCUGGACAAAUAUUCACAGGCCAUCACGGGCUUCACAGACUCAGGAUUGGACAGCCCUGAGGACCUGUGUGUGCUCUACUCUAACAGAGCAGCAUGCUACCUGAAAGAUGGAAACAGCUCUGAGUGUAUACAGGACUGCACCAGGUCCUUGGAGCUGCAGCCCUUCUCCCUCAAGCCCCUCCUACGCAGAGCCAUGGCUUAUGAGACUAUGGAGCGGUACCGACAGGCCUACGUGGAUUACAAGACCGUGCUGCAGAUAGAUAUCAGUGUGCAGGCUGCACACGACAGUGUUAACAGGAUCACGCGGUUACUGAUAGAGCAGGACGGAGAACAGUGGAGAGAGAAACUACCCGAGAUCCCUCUGGUCCCACUAUCAGCUCAGCAGCACCGCAGGGAGGAACCACCCAGCGCUGAGGUCCUACAGGCCAGAGCAGAGAAGGCCAAGCAGCACGCAGCCCAAAAAGCAGAAGUCUGUUUCAAUUCGCUGAAACAAGAAGGAAAUGAGUUUGUGAAGAAAGGUCUGUUCCAGGAGGCUCUGAGGACGUACAGCGAAUGCCUUAAGCUGAAGCCAGAGGAAUGUCCCAUCUACACCAACCGAGCGCUGUGCUUCCUGAAGCUAGAUAUGUUUGCUGAAGCCAAGCAGGACUGUGACUCUGCCCUGAGGCUGGAGCCAGCCAAUAAGAAGGCCUUCUACAGACGGGCCAUGGCCAAUAAAGGCCUCAAGGACUACCUGGCGUGCAGCUCUGACCUACAGGAGGUGCUACAGCAGGAUCCCAACGUAGCGGAGGCUGAGAAGGAGCUGGAGGAGGUCACUCUGCUGCUCAGACAGAGUCUGGCCCGGGGAUCACCUAGCAACCCCAGGAGGACUGUACCUAUCACUGAGGUUGAGGGGACUGAGGACGAAGACCGUCAGGCUGCAGAGCCAGACAGGACCAGAGCAGCAGAAUCAGAGACAGCAGAAACAUCAACAACAUCCACAUCAACCCCAGGCCCAGCAGAGAACCACUGUGGAGGAGGAGGAAGAGGAGGAGAGGAGGAGGAGGAGGCAAUAACCAUCAACCUCCAGCCCUCCAACGCCUACGAGUUCAACCAGUCCCUGAACGCAGCGCGGGCCCAGUCCAACCUCCCAGCCUGUGCUGAGCUGCUGAGCCGUGUUCCCCCUGAGACUCUGCCCGUCUACCUCAGUAAUCAGCUGGAUGGACACACAGUCAGCUUCAUUAUGCAGAGCCUGGACACACAGCUCCUACAGAAGGACCCUGACCUCGUCUACCAGCACCUCAGCCAUCUACACACUGCUGACAGGUUCUCGGUCGUCGUGAUGCUGCUAAAGAGUGACCAUGAUCAGAUGACUCGACUGUUUGACCGUCUGUCUGCUGUGGACAGUGAUGCCUUCAGUAAGAACGAUGUGCAGAACCUGGCCAACAAGUACAUCUGACCUCUAACCUCUGACCCUGUCUGGCCUGCUGGUGCGCGUCCCAACUAGGUCCCUAUUAACCGAGUGCACUAUGGAGGGAGUAAGGCACCAUUUGGGAACAUCGCAGCCGACUUUAAACACGAGUCCAGACUGCAAAUCACCUUGCGUCAUAAAUAACUACUCACUAUUAUUUUGUAGGUCAAGUCACAAUUUACCCAUGAUACACCACGGUUUUGAUGUUCUCAAACGCGACCCUUCACUCUGUCCUGCGUGAAGCUCCCAACACGACGUACUGGAUCUAUGCAAUGUUGCACAGCACGACUCAGAAGAUGCUGAACGUGCUCAGAGCAUUACGGACCCAAACCGACCCAGAAGAUGCUGAACGUGCUCAGAGCAUUACGGACCCAAACCGACCCAGAAGCUG